GUGUGUGUGUGUGUGUGUGUGUUGAACAUCGCCAACAGCCAGGAGUGGACGCUGAGCAGAUCCAUCCCCGAGCUGAGGCUGGGCAUUCUGGGAAGUCUGAAAAGCGGAAAGUCAGCGCUGGUGAACAAAUACAUCACAGGAAGUUAUGUUGCUCUGGAGAAGACUGAUGGCGGCCGGUACAAGAAGGAAGUGCUGGUGGACGGACAGAGUCACCUGCUGCUGAUCCGGGAGGAGGCCGGACCGCCUGAUGCUCAGUUCUGCAGCUGGGUCGACGCUGUGAUCCUGGUCUUCAGUCUGGAGAACGAGGCCAGCUUCCAGGACCUGUACCAGCUCUACAGCCAGCUCAGCACCUUCCGCACGGACCUGCCGCUCAUAGUGGUCGGCACGCAAGAUAAGAUCAGCAGCUCUAACCCCCGUGUGAUCGAGGACCAGCGAGCCCGGCAGCUGUGUGUGGACGUGCGCCACUCGCUGUUCUACGAGACCUGCGCCACCUACGGGUUCAACGUGGACCGGGUGUUUUCAGAGGCCGCUCAGAAGAUCGUGGCUCAGAAGAAGCAGGCGGCGCUGCAGGCCUGCAAGUCUCUCCCCAACUCCCCCAGUCACUCAGGAGGCUCCACGCCCGGGUCCGCCUCGCUGCCGGGACAGACCUGUAAUGGCCCCAGCAGUGGGGGCUACGCCUACUCCCUCCCCUCCACCCCCGUGGUGAGUCACAGAGAGCUGCGGGUGGCACAGGGCGAGGGGGGGGGCAGCGUCAGCUCACGAGCGAUGAAGGGCAUCCCGAGACGCCCCUCCCUCUUCAAGAACCGCGACUCGGAUAAGAAAGCUGCCGACGCUAAAGGAGACCAGAGCGGCGCCCGGGGGGUUCCCAUCAAACAGAGCAUCCUGUGGAAGAGGAGUGGGAGCUCGCUGAACAAGGAGUGGAAGAAGAAGUACGUCACCCUGACCAGCAGCGGCUCGCUGUCGUACCACUCCAGCUCCAGCGAUUACACACAGAAUGUCCACGGGAAGGACAUCGACCUGCUUCGUGUGACGGUUAAAGUUCCUGGGAAACGUCCUCCGAGGGCGGUGGCUCCCACGGGGCCCCCCCCUGCGGCCCCCGGCCUCUUACCUGGAGUCAACGGGCUGAGCAAAGAGCCGCCGGCCGGCGACAGCACCAGCACCGUCCCUCAGCUGUGUCCGUCCACCCUGUCCGUGGUGGAGGAUCGCUCCGGUGGACUGUCGCCUCAAGGUGGAGACAGAGGUCUCCAGCGCUGCUCGUCCUCGUUGUCCACCAAAGCACAAAGUGUUGACGCCCUUGAAGGGACGGCCUGUCCUUUUGCCGGAAAGGACGUGGGACAGUCGUCUCCCAUGAGCGACAGGAAGAAGAACAGGAGGAAGAAGAGCAUGAACCAGAAAGGAGACGCAGCCGUGGGACAGGCUGAAGCCAAACGUAAAAUGUGGAAAUUAAAGAGCUUUGGUAGCUUGAGAAACAUUAAUAAGACAGACGAGGAGAACGCAGACUUCAUCGUGGUGUCCUUCACGGGACAGACGUGGCACUUCGAGGCCAAGAGUCUGGAGGACAGGGACUCGUGGGUGUCGGCUAUCGAGAGCCAGAUUCUGGCCAGUCUGCAGUCGUGUGAGAGCGGCAGGAACAAGGCCCGUCGGACCAGUCAGAGCGAGGCCGUCGCGCUUCAGGCCGUCCGAAACGCCAAAGGCAACGGCCUGUGUGUGGACUGCGAGGCUCCCAAUCCCACCUGGGCCAGUCUCAACCUGGGCUCGCUGAUCUGCAUCGAGUGCUCGGGGAUCCAUCGGAACCUGGGGACUCACCUGUCCCGCGUCCGCUCUCUGGACCUGGACGACUGGCCCCCCGAGCUCACUCAGGUCCUGGCCGCCAUCGGGAACCACAUGGCCAACAGCAUCUGGGAGGGCUGCACGCAGGGCCGAACCAAGCCCACGCCCAACGCCACACGUGAGGGACGAGAGUCCUGGAUCCGUGCGAAGUACGAGCAGCGGGCGUUUGUCAGUCCUCUCCAGCCGACCCCGGGGACCCAGCUGCCCGAGGACGGUCCUCCGGGGUGGCUUCUGUCUGCGGUGACGGAGAGGGACCUGCCCCGGCUGCUGCUCCUCCUCGCCCACAGCACCAAGGAGUGGAUCAACGCUCCGCCCGCCGGCUCCACCUCAGCGCCGCGCACCGCCCUGCACGCUGCCUGUCUGCUGGGGGACGUGGUCAUGACUCAGCUGCUCGUCUGGUACGGGAUCGACGUGAAGGCGAAAGACGGCCAAGGCCAGACGGCCAUGAUGAUGGCCCGGAAGAACGGGAGCAAAGGCUGCAUGGACAUUCUGCUCCAGCACGGCUGUCCUAACGAGACGUCCCCCACCACGGCCACGCCCGUCCUCUCCCGCCGCUCCAGCACCGCCAGCCUGGGCCGGACCAGCUCCAGGAAGCGGGUGUCGUAGCUCGGGCUGCAGACGCUGAGGGGGAGGAGUCUGUACCAUAAGAACAAAUCACAGAACUAAUGAUUUAAAAAAAAAAAAAGCUUCUGAAGACUGAACAACAUAUCAAACAACUUAAAAAAAGCAAUAUUCACCAUGUUGUCGAUGACAGAUGUAAUAUUGCUGAGACGCUGUGUUGUUGUCGACCUCAAAUACGAAAUGACUCGAGUAGAAGUCUGUAGCCGUGGUCUGUAGUUUCCGAGCUGACUCUGGAUCUGCUCCGGUUCCACUUCGUCCAGAUGAAGUGCAAUAAUCCUCUGAGGGAGAAGCCUCACGUCUCCAGGGAGCUGCUUCUACUCACGUCUUCUUUGACUGGACCAAAACCUGCUUUCCUUCCUUUGGCUUGACAGAUAAAACAUAAACCUACAAAACGUCCUGGUGUUAGUUGCGUGUCCCUGUUGCCGCAGUGUUAAGGUCCGUUUAUAUAUAUAUAAAGGGAUCGGCUGAGAUUAUUCUGCUUAGACUAGAAACAUGAAUGGUUUUGGAAUAUGAAAUAUGUCAGUGUUACUCUCACAGGUCAAGGACUUUAAUAUUCUGUAAAUGUAUCUAUACUACAAACUUAAUGUUUCACUCUGUAACGAAGACACAGACUUUGUAAAUGUUUUCUUACAGGUAGUUUUGAAAAUAUGUCAAGUUUGUUUUUUUCAUUGUCUUUUAUAAUUUCUUAUCCUCUGACACGUCACAAAAACAUAAACCAGUAAAAAACUAAACAAAAAAAAGUUUGACAUGUGUAAACAUGUGGCUAUUUGUUGAAAGUUUGAUUUGGGAUGACGACAUGAUUCAUACUCAUAUUCCUGUUGUGUAGGUCGAUCCCAUGACUCCCAGUAUGAAGCAGGUGCAGGUGUCACUGUCACUUUGACACUUGGUGGUCGAGUGAAUCCCUCAUGAGCUCAAACAAAUAGUUAUCAGAAUAAAAUAAAGUUUGUACAAAAAGAAA